AUGUCAACAUCUUUUGAGAGUUUCCGUUUGCUUCGUGUGCCAUAUUCAGUGCAGGAAAUAACCAACCACUUUGUGGAGUACUGUCUCCAGAACCACAUCCUUGCGCGUGGAUUAUGCCGAAUUGGUUACAUUCAACGAUGCAAACCCAUACUUCAGCUUUCUAGCGAGAGUUCUAACGCGGUAGAAAAGACAACCAGUAACCCUACCACCCUGCUACGUGGGCUUGUCGCCAACAAAAACAUACCCAAGGACACUAACGUAGUGAUGCUUCCACUGAGUGCAUGCAUAGGUCCAUCGAAUGUUGUAAAAUGUGCGUCUUUUUUCAACGUUUUUCCUUGUGAAGAGCGUGAAAAGUAUUUUUAUCAAGCGGCCUCCGUCCAAAACAGUCGAGUGGCAGAGAAAAGCCUUAUCCGGCAUAACCAACUAUUCCUGGCGCUUUACAUAACCUACCUCCUGCUCGUCCGGGCCCUCAAGCCGGACGCGCUGAGAGAAAUCCCAGGGUCCUAUGCAAUUAAUUACCUCGAUUUCCUCCCAAGAAGUGAGGGCAAUUUUGCAGAGCUGGAGACGUGCAUGGUGAUUACCCUUGAGACCGUGGAGGCCUGUCGGAUUGGGCAAACCUGCUUGGCCACCCAUUUUAAUAUCCCACAGGCCGAAAUACGGCCUUUACUGGUGUGGGCGCUUUGUAUGAUCUACAGCCGCAUGGUGCCGAUUGAUGAAAGGGGCCUCCUGGAAGAGGCGUUCCGGGACACCCCUGCUGCGCACAUGUUCGCGGGCACCACCCAGGCUCUGCGCCAGAUCAGCGCUGGAACUAACAAUGCCAACCACACCAGCACUGACAGUAACAAUGACAACAGCGGCCCGGCCUCCGGGAGUGCCCUUGUGACGGAGCCCAUCUCCUUUCUGUGCCCCGUCAUCGACAUGUGCAAUCACGGCGACAAGGAGAACGUCGCGGUGAUGGUCCCAGACGCCGCACCGCGACGGGUGGUCUGCCUGCGCACCCUGCGUAAUGUCGCUCAAGGGGAGGAGCUUAUCAUGACGUACAGCCAAUCUCCAGCAGAGCUCAGGACGAUAUGGGGCAUGUCUCAGGUGUUGGUUUAA